UCUAGUACUCCGAAGUACGCUGCUCCAAGACGCCGUCCUUGACCUUCCAUCCAAUCCAAGGGCGGCGGGGCAUUCUUGUUCUCCUUCCUCGCUUUCCCCACUGCUCUGCCCCAGUGCCCUUCUAGUAGUUCUAAGAUUCCAAAACCAACCACGCGGUAGGCAAGGCACCGCUCCGGCGAGUCGCCGAGAAAAGGGGAACGGACGCCUCGAUCCAACAAAUCCCGGCCAAACCCCUGCCUCCUCGGCUCCUCCUCCUCUCUUCCCUCCGCCAACACGGCCCGGCGCGAUGAUCCAGCUCCUCUUCACCGUGCUCGCAGCGGAGGCUGCCGUGGCGGCGACUCUGCUCUUCAAGACGCCGCUGCGGAAGCUUGCCGUGCUCGCGCUCGAUCGCCUCAAGCGGGGGCGCGGGCCCGUCAUGGUGCGCACCGUGGCGGCCACUGUUCUCGUCGUGCUCGCGUCCAGCCUCCACAGCAUGGCCCAGAUCCGCGGCCACGCCGAGGGGGAGCUCGACGGCGCCGGGGUCGUGGGGCUCACCCCCACCGACCAAAUCCUCUUCGCGCGCCACCUCCUCGAGGCCUCGCUCAUGGGAUACUCCUUGUUCCUUGCUUUAAUCAUUGACCGGCUCCACAACUAUGUCAAAGAAAUUCGAAGGCUCAAGAAGAACCUGGAGGCUGUAUCAAAACAGAAUAAGACUAUGCAUGAGGCUGCAACCCAUGGAAAGUCGGAAGAGAGUGAGCGUGACCAGGACAUUUCUGAUUCCAAAAUGGAUUAAGCAUGGCAUUUAAUUGGGCAUCCACACAAAAACUCCUGGCGUCCUUGUCGGUUAUUGGUAAUUUCCCAUUCAAGACAUGAGAAUUGACAUUAAGAGCUCGGCUUUUAUGUGCUGGAACACAGAUUAACGCUUUAGCUCCUAGAGCUAGGCACCGCAUCUGGCCUAGCCAUGAAUAUGUCCCUCUGUGAAUACGGAAUACCUGAUGCUACAGCUGUUAAACCAAAUUGUUAACCGGGUGGUAGUCAUGUGAUCAACUUUCAGAAUGAAACCAUUGCUAUCGUUCUCAGUUUAGCUGCCA